AAGGAAGGAGAUGAGAAAACAAAAGGAGGACAGAAGGAAGGGAUAAACAGAUGAAAGAAAGGGGGUGCAAGUUCAGGGAAGAAGGAAGGAGGGAAACAAGAAAGGAAAUGUGAGAUAAAAGAGAUGAUGAAAGGACAGAGGGAAGGAGAGGUAGAAAGGAGGUAGAGUAUAGGAGGGGAAACAAGAAAGUAAAGUAAUAAGGAGAGAAAAGGAAGGAAUGAAGGGAUGAACAAAGAUGUGAUGAAAGAAGAAAAAUGACCAAGAAAGGAAGAAAAGAUGGAAAGGAGAAAAUGAAGGGGAGAGAAAAGGAAGGAAAGAAGAAGGAAGAAAUGAAGCAAGAUGACAAAGGGGGGAUGGGAGUGUAGGGAAGAGGGGAGGAAGGUAAAGAGAGAGAAAGGAAGGAGCGUAGGGAGGAAGGAAGAAAGGGAGUGAAGUAAUUAAUUUUCACGCCGUCGCUUCUGUCCCGUGCAGGCUCGCUGUGCCGCUCGAGGGUCGUCAGUAAACUGAGUCUCGCGCAGGGCUGGCGUUAACCCUCACUACAUCACACGCUGACACAUUCUUCAACACGGCGAGAUUUCGCGGUCCGUCCCGCGAUCUGAAACGCAGGUGCUUCUCCGAGCAAACGGCUGACAAGCAAGCACCCGGCGGGGCAUCAACAUCAACAUCACCAUCAUCUUCAGGCACCAUAGUCCGCCGACGGACACCUGAAUAGGGGAGAAGGCAUAAAGACGCGCGCGCGUUUGUCCUACUGCAAGCGAAGACCAUGGAGAGCGCCAGCAACGGCUCGGACGCGGAAUACCGGAGCCGUCUCGCCGCGCUUUACAACAACGGCAGCAGCUUCUGUCGGAACUUCACCGACGGUAACAACAGCGCGAGCUACGCGGAGGUGCGGUGCGACGGGGACCAAGGAGUGAUCGGCAGCAUGGACGACGACGCCAACCCGGUUAUCAUAGCGAUUGUUAUCACCGCUCUCUACUCCAUAGUGUGCGUGGUGGGGCUGGUUGGAAACGUCCUGGUCAUGUACAUCAUCGUCAGGUACACUAAAAUGAAGACAGCUACCAACAUCUACAUUUUUAACCUUGCCCUGGCUGACGCCCUGGUCACUAGCACACUGCCGUUCCAAAGCGUCAACUACCUGAUGGGGACCUGGCCGUUUGGGGACAUACUGUGUAAGAUGGUGAUGUCCAUUGACUACUACAACAUGUUCACCUCCAUCUUCACACUCACCACCAUGAGCAUCGACCGCUACGUCGCCGUGUGCCACCCAGUCAAAGCGCUUGACUUCAGGACACCACGCAACGCCAAGAUCGUCAAUGUCUGCAACUGGAUCCUCUCUUCGGCCAUCGGGUUGCCUGUUAUGUUCAUGGCCUCCACCGCUGUCACUUCUAAUAGUAUUGUCGACUGCAAGCUAAUUUUCCCCCACCCCUCCUGGUACUGGGACACCCUGCUGAAGAUCUGUGUGUUCAUCUUUGCCUUCAUCAUGCCCGUGCUCAUCAUCACCGUCUGCUACGGCCUCAUGAUCCUGCGGCUCAAGAGCGUGCGCAUGCUGUCGGGCUCCCAGGAGAAGGACAGGAACCUGCGCCGCAUCACCCGCAUGGUCCUGGUGGUGGUCGCCGUCUUCAUCGUCUGCUGGACGCCCAUUCACAUCUUUGUUAUCAUCACGGCUCUGAUCAACAUCCCCAGCUCCACGCUGCAGACUAUCACCUGGCAUUUCUGCAUUGCGCUGGGUUACACCAACAGUAGUCUGAACCCAGUUCUCUAUGGCUACCUGGAUGAGAACUUCAAGCGUUGUUUCCGUGAGUUCUGUACCCCAAGUCCCUCUGUGCUGGAGAUGCAGAACUCGUCCCGGACCGGAGCCACUAGCCGCAAGCUCCCACAGCGCGAACACAACAGUGGAAACACAGGAGAAAGAUCUAAUCAACAGGUAUGACUAGCCUUGGAGGGGUCGUCGGUGGACUCUCGCUGUUGUGGCGGCGUUGCCAACGACGAUCUCAACUCUGAGGUCACGCAGGUCACCACAGGGCUCUGACCACACAUACAUGCACACACACACACAAACCACGCAUCACACAAACAACCCAGGACAUGGCUCAGACUCUAUAGCACAGACCAUUUUGACAGUGUGUUGCAAGCUUAACUAUAGCGCUCUAUCAGGUCAGGUCAUUUACCUCCCAACCAGCCUAACUGUUACUAACUGCAUGGCUGUGCAAGGCUUUACAGAAAUGGACACACGGGUUAGACUAGAAGUUAGACUAAACAGAAACAAAGAAUCAUUACUAUACCUUAUCCUCCCAAUUGAAGAAGUAGCAUUAAUGCACUAAAUUGUGCAUUAAUGCUACUAAAACUAAAGUUUUCAGAGUAAGUAAGUUUUCAUUAUUAUUACUAUCAUUACAGUGUAGACUAUACAGACAGAAUAAUAUGUACAAUUAACACAGACAGAUGUUUAAACAGAUCUAUAAAAGCCACUAAUAUGUUUAAUAUAUUGUUCUGCCUUUACUGCCUCAUUGAUCUAAGCCUCCUGUCCUAACCCUCAUCUUAUCACAAAUUCGGUUGUAAAAAAACUAAAAAGAUCAAUUAAUUGUUCCAUGUUUGCUGAUUUCAUAUGCUUCCAUGCCAGUCUGUCACUCUUCCUCCUCUUCUCCUCUGCUUUCUUUUUUUUUUUUAAAUUGUUUGCAUGUAAGAGGGCAGUGUUAAGUUGUAGGAAAUGUGGAUUUUGGACUUGUGUUACUGAAAGCUCAAAGGCUGUGCAGCCCUCUCACCACAUGAAGACACUUCUGGACAAGAGGUGUUCUAUAAAGUCAUUCACGGCACCAGCUGUGCUUUUCAUCCCCUGUCCGUCUUAAUCUUAUUAACACUGUUCUCCACUGAUUGAUUGGGAUAGCACCAUGCUGGUUUUGGCCACUUCAGGAAGAUUGACCGGUGUUCAACUGUGCUCUCUCUUCUCGACCUGCCUAACUCUUCGUUGUCAUUAAUUACUCUCUCUGACUUCAUCCUUUCCUUUCCUUUCCAUUCUAUUUUGCCUCUGUAAAGACAUUUCCUACCCUGUUGCUGGACCAUUACAUAAACAUACAGUAGAGCACUGUAUGUUCUCUCUGCUGACAAUUUUCUGAAUGUACAGAAGAAAAACUAGUUGUGUUUUUCAGUCUGGGUCAUUGUGCUGAAGUGCAGGACCUCCAAACCAGCAAAGAAGACACAUCAGCCUGUUUGCACAGCGCACAGAGCAUGCUGUUGCGGCAUACGAACAUAAUGGCACAACCAGUGUAUGAUUAACAACAGCUUAACAGCCAUUACACCAGGUAUGGGCUUAAAUGGAGUCACCUCUCCGCUCAAGUACUUAACAAGUAAGCCAAGCAGGAUUGUACAUCUGUUGUAAUCUUUAGAAUUGCUUGUGCUUACGUGUUGUGCUGUAUGCUACACUUGCCAGUUGCCUUUCUAGUAGCUGUACUCGAUAUUCUGUGUACCAGUAUUUUUUUUUUUCUAAAGAUCUGUAAAGAUGAAAAUGAUUGUAUUAAUCUCCCAUGUAAAAUACUGUAAGUAUUGUGUUGCUUUUUUAUGAACAUGACAUCAUGAAAUUGUCAGAAAAUGAUUUCCGAUGAUGAUGGUGGACCAGCACGUCAUUGUGCUUCUAAAUAUAAAUUUUAUCACACUGAAUCUGCCUUGUUUACUGAAGAGGUGUAUAUUAAUCAGAAAACUGUGUGUAAAACCUUAAAUUGUGGGUCUGAAAAUGUGUACAGAGUUCAACUUAAUAGACUAUUUCACAUAUUUAGUUUUUUGUCAUUUUGUUUUUUUGACUGAAAAUUGAUCUAGAAUGAUGUUAUGCCAUACAUGCAGUCAGUCCAUCUUCAUCACAAAAAAAUAUAAAGUAGCCUAUUAUUAUUCUUGGUCAGACCACCGGCUACAAAGGCAGGGAAAAAAGUAAAAUGUGGUCAAAUCAUCAGAUUUGUCUGUAUGGGCCAUCAGUGUGCAGCAUGCUGCAUUUCAUGCACAAAGUGUUUACUGUGACAAAAUGUAUAGUAUAUUUAUAAGUCAGAAAACACAUCAUGUGAACAAAUACAGUAAAUGCUGAGGAACCAAAUGUCAUCUGCCAUGCUAUGGAAUGAAUUUGAGGCAUUCUGAAGUAUUUUUUGUCCUUCAGUAUGUACAGGUGAAGACCUUUAAAUGUAGUGAGUAUUGUAAGUUUUUCAGUAUAUGGCACCUUCUGGGACACAUGAGUGCAGGCACAAUUAUGUGAUGUGUCUGUAUCAAGUGGUAUUAAAACAAUAUUCUCCAUUUUCUUUCCAAAAUUUGAAGCUGUAGGCUACAUCAACUCAACUUACAAAGUUAUCAGCUUUAUGUAGCAGUGAGUGAAUACAGCUACAGCAGGCCCAGAAGUGAAAACAUGUCAGCCAAUCACUACCUGCAACAUACAUUGUCUACCACAAAAGGUGACAUUGGUAUUAAUGUAAUAUAUUUUUGCUGCAGGCCACACUUGGUGCACCAUACAGAAUAAACUCUUGAAGGUAAAUUUAAAUAAAAUGAAUCUGAUGCAUCGCCAUUAUAGUCUCUUUAUUUCGAUCAUUUGCUCAUUUACAUGAUUUACAACUCAAUUAUGACUUAACUUGUGUUUUAGUCUUGAAAUGGCAUUUCUUUUAAUCUAAUGUACAGACGAUAAUUUCUUUAUGAAGGAAAAGCUGUAACACAGUACAUAUAAUUUUACUGUUCAGUGCGUCAUCAGUGCUUUGUCUAUGGGAUGAAAUGUAAUUCUAAAUAUCACUGAAUGCCUUUUUCUUGCAUCUGAAUAAAGCAUCUUCUGCACUGUG